CCUCUCUCUCUCUCUCUCUCUCUCUCUCCCAUUGGGAGGAAGAAGAAACGAAGAAGCAGAAGCAGUAGAAGCGGCCGCGGCUUCUUAGGGCGAGUAACGAGUCACGAAGAGGAGGAGGAGGAGGAGGACGACGACGACGACGUAGCCUUCUUCGAGAUCGACGAGGAGGACCGCUUCCCAGUCUCCGGCGAUCGAGAAGCGCCGGCGAUGUCGACUCCGGCGAGGAAGAGGCUGAUGCGCGACUUCAAGCGGCUGCAGCAGGAUCCGCCCGCGGGGAUCAGUGGCGCCCCCCAUGACAACAACAUCACUCUCUGGAACGCCGUCAUCUUCGGGCCUGAUGAUACUCCGUGGGAUGGUGGCACGUUUAAACUGACCCUGCAGUUUACAGAAGAUUAUCCUAAUAAACCACCUACAGUCAGGUUUGUCUCGCGGAUGUUUCAUCCAAACAUUUAUGCAGAUGGAAGCAUUUGCUUGGAUAUCUUACAAAACCAGUGGAGCCCCAUAUAUGACGUUGCUGCUAUACUGACUUCUAUUCAGUCUCUGCUGUGUGACCCAAACCCGAAUUCCCCUGCGAAUUCCGAGGCAGCUCGGCUCUUCAGUGAGAACAAGCGUGAGUACAACCGCAAAGUUCGCGAGAUUGUGGAACAGAGCUGGACGGCCGACUAAGGGCGAGCAAUGUCGGCAUGCGCAUAUAAUAGAUGUAUGGACUAUUGUUCCUGGCAUGUUAACAGCUUCCUAUUAAGCAUUUGACUAGUAUUUGAUAUUGGGUUCAUUAGUGUAUCAGUGUAUGGUGGACUCAUUUGGUAUUUCUGUUUCAUUGUGGUUUUCUUAAUGCAGUAAACUCCUGGUUUGCGUAGUA